AUUUCUGACAACACCGUUAGCUUCCUAUUUUUCAGUCUGUGCUGAAAUAGAUUGUGCCAUGCAGAAAGGAAGAGAGGCUUGCAUCACGUGGAGACGUUUGAGUACAGAUGAAGUGAAAUAGCCACAAAGCAUCAUCAGGGGUGGCGCAAGGGUCGUUCGUAAAGCAACAUGCACGUGUCCAGGGCGGAUCCCUGUCCAGUUAACGGGACAGCAGCCAUUCCAAGGAGGCGCAGCAUGAGGAACAUGUCUCUCCUGGAGCACCUGCGAGGCUGUCAGAGAGCCUGGUGCCCCGUGGCGCCCUGGGAUCGAGCGCAGGCCCACUCUGCCCUCUGUGGGACGCCUGCUGGGAGUUUCAUGGUCGUGCGGGAUGGUUUGACAUCUCUGCCCAGUUUGCUGUGCGUUUCUGCAGAAGGAGAGGAUGAAGCGGUUCUUGAUUAUGAUGUCACAUGCACAGGCACAGUCUUCCAGCUGUCUGAGUCGUGUCUUUCUUUCUCGGAGUUGGCUCACUUGGUGUUCUUCUACUCUUUGAGCAGAGACGUGUUGGCUGUCUGUCUAAAGUUUCCUCGCUGGGUCUACAAUGUAACUGGGAUCGCCAAAGAUCGUCUUUCUCAGCUCCAACCCAAAACCUGGCUCGGCACACCGCCUGACCUGAUGACGGAUGCCGACGUGAAGGAGUUGGAGCCAAAUACCAUGAUGUGCUCCAUACAGUUAACCUCAGCCAACGGAGCUCUGUGUGUCAUCAACCCGCUCUAUCUUCUUGAGCAUGGAGAUGAUUGGCUGACACAUCAGGCAACCAGCGUGCAAUGCCCAACACAGACGCCAACUUACAGGCGAGAGAGGCGCCUCAGUUCCACUCGAAAGUGGGCUGGUGCCGGCCUGAGGAGCAGCCGAGCCGUCUCUCUGGACCAAGAAGCCUUUGUUGGCACUGAAGGCUCAGGUCUGAUCAGACGCAAGUCUGAAGAAUCCGAGUCAACCUCGUCGGUGUCAUCCCCUCAAGGAGGCGUUGUCCUCAGGAGGUCCAGCCAAGGUUCCACCUCCAGCCUCUCCAACAAAGGGAGCACGGGGAGCUUGUCUGCUUCUAGCACUGAGCUGCUGAACCGUGACAGCGUCGGGUCUCAGUCCCCUCACAGGGUCUCCUGGAUCGAGGAUGGCUUCUGGCUGCCACCGCCCACCAGGCCCUCUUCGUUACUCCCGCCACCGUACCCUGAGCUGGACUCGCUGUCCAUCAGCAGCAUAGAAGAAGAACAGGAACAUCGGUCGCCGAGCCCCACGUCCCAUCACCCGUCGGCCCACCGGCUGGCUGACAAAGUCAUAAAUCGCCUCUCCGCAGUGGGCCAGGCACUCGGCAGCCUGGUGUGUCAGAAGAAGAGGCUGACCAAUCGCGUUGUGGAGCUGAGCGACAGGAAACGGGGACCUUUUGCAAUGGCCGUGAAAGAAUUUGUGGAGGCAACGCUGGAGAGAGGAACUGAUCCGGGCGACAUCACGGGGUCAGAGUUCUUACAGGAAGUGAGGUCAUCGCUUACAUCACUGAGGGAGACUCUCCUGGAUUACCCUGAAAUCCAGGCGCUGUUGGACAGUAUGACCGACUUCAGUGACUCAGAGAUAGACCCCCUGGUGGAGCUCUCCGUGCACAAGGUGGCCUUAAAGCCUGUGUCGGCUCACCUCUACUCCUGCAUCCACAUCCAGCGGUCCAACGACGGCAGUUUGCAGCGUCUGGAGCACAACCAGCGUGUUCUGGAAGACAACGGCGUGGAGGCGCUGGGGGGAGCGCCGGGCGCCGGAGUUCCGGACUUAGUCACCCUUGAGCGGAUCCAGCAAAGAUGGGCAAGUAUGCACAAGGCCUACUCCCCCAACAAGAAGGUCCAUAUCUUGCUCAAAGUCUGCAAGAGCAUCUACCACAGCAUGAGUGCCAAUGCCAAUUCAGAUGUUGUAUUGGGAGCUGACGACUUCCUGCCCUGCCUGACGUGGGUGUUGCUGCGCAGUGACCUGCUCAACUUGCAGAUUGACACAGACUACAUGAUGGAGCUGCUGGACCCCGCACAGCUUCAGGGAGAAGGUGGCUACUACCUGACAACCUUGUACGCCGCUCUCUACUACGUCAGCAGCUAUCGGCCGCGCUUGGCCGCCCGUCAACUCAGCCUGGAAGCCCAGCACUCUCUCAGCCAAUGGCAUCGCAGGCGCACCGUGCACAGCAACCAAUCCCGGCACAGUAAGCGACAGCGGACCAUUCGCAGACAGACAAGUCCUGAGAAGGCCGUGCAGGCGGAGGACGGCGACACCGGGGAAGUGGGGAAAAGUGUGAUGGAUGAUCCACAGCAGCAGACAGAAAUGAACACGGAUGAGACGCUGGACUCUAAUGACAACUGGACACAAGAUUAAAUGUGUCUGUUCAUAAACUUACUCUCACAUCCCACCCAGAAAGCCAAAUGAUGGUAAAUAUUCAAAUUGAUAUCAUGGGAAUAUGACUAACUUUGUUCAGUAAACACAUGAAAGAACACACAGUAUAUUACUGCUUACAUGUCAUUGGGGACUUUGUGUUAUACUCAUAAAAAUGUAUAGAUUGUUAUCAUAGCAUAAAUAGAUGUUUAGAUUUUGAUUUAUAUUUUUGUAUAGUUGACACCUGGAUCAUAGCCAAGUUGAUGAAAAUUGACAGUAAAUAAAUAACCAUAAGAAUAAUGAAACACAAAAUAUUGUACAACGUCAGUGGCGCUUAUUCGCCACCAGGGGGCAGUAAUGCGUGUUCUGAAGCAGAGUCGUGUAUAAAGAGAGCAUGGCCAACUAAGCAACAGGCGCCAUGACUGCUACCAAGGACGUGUGCGACCUGCAGAUGCAUGCAAUUGCUGUCGUUUUGAUGUUCGCUUUUCGGACCAAAUAAACCGAAAUAAUACGUCUAAAUAUACAAACCCCGUUUCCAUAUGAAUUGGGAAAUUGUGUUAGAUGUAAAUAU